AUGGCCGACACCGCCGAGCAUGCAUCCAACACGUUGGUCCAAGACGGUGGGCAGGCUGCUCCCGGCACCGAUUCCGCUCAAGACCUAGGUGUCCUGCAGGUUGAUCCCUGGCUCUCGCCCUUCCAGGACGUGCUGAAGCGAAGAGUCUCCCGAGCCAAGGAUUGGAUCAAGAAGAUUGACGAGACAGAAGGUGGCCUGACCAAGUUCACCAAGGCACGCUGCUUCCAAACGCCACGCACGCGGUACUCUCGAGGGAACACAUUCAUACUGACUGCACUCUACGGUUGGAACCGUGACUCUCAUCCCAUGAAGAAGAAUGCCUUUGGGGUUUUCGAGAUCACAGUUGCUCCCAACGAGCACGGCCAAGUCGCAAUUCCUCAUAAUUCCAAGAUCAAGAUCUCACUGGUGCUUCCAGACGGCAACAGGAUCGAUCGUCUCCCGGCUUGGAUCAAGUAUGUCACACAGGAUCUCUCAGUGUCACCUGCAUACGAUGCCAGGUUCUGGAACCCUCCCCAGGAGGAGAAGUACGUCUUUAAGCACCCCAGGCCAAAGAAGCCUCUAAGUGCUCGCGUGUACGAGGCACACGUCGGCAUAUCGUCACCUGAGCUCAGGGUUGCCACAUACAAGGAGUUCACCAAGAACAUGCUCCCGAGGAUCAAGUCGCUGGGCUACAAUGUCAUACAGCUCAUGGCCGUCAUGGAGCAUGCCUAUUAUGCAAGUUUUGGCUAUCAAGUCAACAACUUCUUCGCCGCCAGCAGCAGGUAUGGCCCUCCUGAGGACCUCAAGGAGCUGAUCGACACUGCCCACAGCCUGGGCCUCGUUGUUUUGCUGGACGUUGUUCACAGCCACGCCUCAAAGAAUGUACUCGAUGGACUGAACGAGUUUGAUGGCACCGAUCAUCAGUACUUCCACGGGGGCCCCAGGGGAAAGCAUGACCAGUGGGACAGCCGACUGUUCAACUAUGGGCAUCACGAAGUCAUGCGUUUCCUCCUAAGCAAUCUCCGGUUCUGGAUGGACGAGUACCAGUUCGAUGGUUUUAGAUUCGAUGGCGUGACAAGCAUGCUCUAUCUCCACCAUGGCUUGGGGACUGGGUUUUCCGGCGGAUAUCACGAAUAUUUUGGCUCGGAUGUCGACGAGGAGGCGGUGGUUUAUCUCAUGCUUGCCAACGAAAUGCUCCACGAGCUCUACCCCGAGUGCAUCACUAUUGCCGAGGAUGUGUCGGGUAUGCCAGCUCUGGGCGUGCCACUGUCCUUGGGAGGUGUGGGGUUUGAUUAUCGUCUGGCCAUGGCCGUCCCUGACAUGUGGAUCAAGCUCUUGAAGGAAAAGAAAGACGAGGAUUGGGACCUGGCCAACAUCUGCUUCACGCUGACAAACAGGCGACACGGAGAGAAAUGCAUCGCUUACUGCGAGAGUCAUGACCAGGCUCUGGUCGGAGACAAGACCUUGAUUUUCCACCUCUGCGACGCAGAGAUGUACACAAACAUGUCGACGCUCACUCCCCUGACACCCGUCAUUGCGCGAGGAAUGGCCCUGCACAAGAUGAUCCGACUGCUCACAAACUCCCUGGGUGGCGAAGGCUAUCUCAACUUUGAGGGCAAUGAGUUUGGCCACCCCGAGUGGCUCGACUUUCCCCGCGAGGGCAACCAGAAUUCAUUCUGGUACGCCCGACGACAGCUUAACCUCACGGAUGACCAUUUGUUGAGGUACCAGUUCCUCGACCACUUCGACAGACUCAUGAACCUCUGCGAAGCGAAGUACGGGUGGCUGCACUCUCCGCAGGCAUACAUCUCUCUAAAGCACGACGGGGACAAGGUAGUUGUGUUUGAACGUGCCGGUCUGGUCUUUGUAUUCAACUUCCACCCGACGAACAGCUAUACCGACUACCGGAUUGGGGUCGAUGUUGAAGGGACCUACAAGAUCGUCCUGAACACAGACGACAAGGACGUGGGUGGGUUCAACUCGAUCGACGCAAACACCAGAUUCUUUACUACUCCACUGGAGUGGAACAACCGCAAGAACUGGACGCAUGUCUAUAUUCCGUCGCGGAGCGCCAUUGUCCUUGCCCUGGAAUCGACCGCCUAG